AUGAUCAUCCAAAUUAGCCUCCUGUUAACCGCCGUACUACUUCUCCAGAGCAUAGUCACCCGCUCCAAAGCCCACAACGCCCUCCUCUCAGUCCCUCUCUACCAAACCCUAUACGACUGCUGGCAAGGCAGCGGACCCAUAGCGAUCUACAACCUGCGCCAGCGCCCGUUACUCGAAAGGCACGGUGGCGCCAUCUAUACCUGGAACGCCGGUCGAUGGACCCUCCUCGUCACGAAUCCCGAAUACCUGUCCAGGAUAUUCCGGAAUGAGAGUAUCAUCGCGAAGGGAGGCUUCUACAGGAAAACACCCCAUGGAAUCUUCGCGCGUCUCUUCGGACCGAAUAUCAUCACCUCCAGCGGGACCGUAUGGAAGAACCUCACCCUGAUCAUUAAACCAGCUCUUCAGAGAUCGGUCGACGUCUCGUUCAUGAUACGACAUUCUACAAAGCUGGUCUCCCGUGUCCUGGAAUGUCAGGCCGAGAAGCCGCCCGGACGCGGUGUUAACAUCGACCCGCUCGUGGAGAACUGGUCUGUGGAUAUUUGCGGAGAAUAUUUUCUGGAUUUGAACUUCGCGGCACUGGAGACUGGAUUCAGUAGAGUGGGAAAUGCCUUCCAGAGAUUAUUCGGUAAGCUCAGUGGACCAUUCUACGCGGCGUUCCCUUUACUCGAGAGGAUCUGCAAGCUUCUCCCAUCGCGACGUCGUGCCGUUGCACUGGUUACCGAUUUCGAAGACACGCUACUCAACGCCGUCGAGAAUCACCAGAUUCCAUGCAAAGAUUCAUCAGCAUCAUCAUCUCGCCCAGACAAGCUCAUUCACCGCCUCCAACAAGCCCACCGUACGGGACAGAUAUCCGAUCUCCUCUACCGCUCCAACUUGAAGAUUCUCUUCAUCGCCGGCCACGAAAAUGUGAAGUCGGUGCUCACAUCCGCCAUGUGGGAACUAGGUCGUCACACCCACAUGCAGGAAUUGCUCCGUCAAGAGAUCCUAUCGUCUCUCGCACCUCGCUCCCCGCCCUCCCCAGAAACGCUGAAGACCUUACCGUAUCUCAACGCAGUCAUCUAUGAAACCCUCCGGCUAUACCCACCCCUUAGUCAACUAACCAACCGCGUAGCUCUGCAGCCCUUCCCUCUCGAUGACACGCUGACUGUGGCCCAGGGCACGUGGGUGGGAUGGAACGCGUACGGCGUCCACACAGACCCCCAGAACUGGGGCGCGGCAGCGCACGACUUCCAACCCGACAGAUGGGGUCACGAUAUCCAUGCUAUAAGGGACAAGGUACGUCGCACUCAGGCGAAAUGCACCUAUAUUCCUUUCAAUGCGUAUCAUAGACGAUGCUUGGGGAUGGAGUUCGCGCUGCUGCAACUUCGGGUUGGGCUUGCUGAGCUCGUAAGAGGCUGUGCCUGGAGGGUGGAUUCGGAGUAUUCGUUUUCAUUGAUAAAUCUGACUGGUAUUGCGGAAGGCAAUUCUGAGGCCAAAGAAUUGUACGCUGGUUUUUACGAGGAUAGAGGGUUGAAGGUUCUGUUCUGUCCUGUGGCCCUUGGGUAUUCAGGCGAUGGAGAGAAAUCUGGAGAAGUAUCCUGGUCGGUAUAA